CACAGUUUUCCAGUGCUGCGGGGCUGGCGCGGCAUACUGAUGACAAAAACAUGGAAUUGCGGAAAAACAGAAACUAUUUUGUGAACUAAACAGGCUUUGAUUAUUAAAUAAUUUAACUGCGUUAACACAUUUCCAGGAAAAGGCUCUCCAUUCGGGAGCUUUAAAAACAGCAUAAGCUAACUGCCGUACAUGUAUAUGGUCUCUAACCCCAGAGACAUGCACGCCCCUCUAAAACUUAACAUCAUUGGUGAGGCUUGCUUUACCGUCAAUUUACCAUCAUUUGUUAUGAAUGGCCAUUAGUUGAAAAAAAGAUUUAGCUUAGACGUUAUAAACGACGACAAAAAGUCACGUAUUUUAGACGACUAAUUAGUUUAGCCUUGUAAAAGGAAGCUGCCAAUGUAUUUAAUUCACUGAUUAUUCUCCGUGCUGAAGAUUUGGGUCGGGAUACGAUAAACGACCACUGACAGGACUACAUGAACUAUGGACACGUCUGACCAAGGGACGAUGCCUCCGUUUAAAGAGUUUUUGUUAACUUUCUUCAUGCCAGAAAAAUGUUAUGACCACUUUUUUAUUUACUUCAACUUUAUGCACGUACCUUGUCUGAAGAUUAUCCUGAGUAAGAUUAUGGGAAUAUUUAUUUUGAUGGGAAUUGUUAUUGCUCCACUGCCUCAGAUCUGCAAAGUUCUUUGGUCUGGAAGUUCUAAUGGACUGUGUCUUGCAUCUGUUUUUCUGGAGCUGUUGGCCAUCUCUACUCAUGCAGCUUUCUGCUACACUCAAAACUUUCCCAUUGGAGCCUGGGGGGAAAGUUUGUUUGCAUUGAUCCAGAUUGCUGUCCUGGCAUUGCUCAUCCAGCACUACCGAGGGAAAACCAUAAAAGGUAUAUAUUUUCUUGCUCUAUACUGUGGCUUUAUGUUCCUCCUGGCCUCACCUUUGACCCCUGUGUUAGUGGUUUUGACACUGCAUGAUUGGAAUGUGCUGUUGGUUAUUGCUGGAAGGUUUUUCCAGGCAGUCAGUAACUUUAAAUGUGGACACACAGGACAGCUGUCUGCACUCUCUGUUUUCCUGGACUUUCUCGGCUCUCUGGGGCGUAUCUUCAGUUCCCUGCAGGUCACAGGCCUUUCUCUCUCAAGUCAGAUGCAUGCACUGGCCUGUUGUGGCAGUGGGGUGAUGUUAGCACAGAUCCUGAUGUACUGGAAUAAAUGCAUGACAAACCGUGAGAAAGAAGGGCAAGUGCAGAAAGACAAGGCUGAAUAAAAGAGAGCAAAGGAAAGAGGUUUCAGCUGUUCGGACUAUCGACAUAUGGUUUUGAGCCCCAUUCUGUUGGUAAUCAAAUGAAUUGUAUGUGUUUUAGUAAUGGCUUUAUUAUACAAACCAUCUUCAUAUCAGUAGUGUUAUCAAAUCUAAAUUGGGUUAAUUCAGCAAAAGCUGAAUUUUUUUCUGACGUGAACAGUACUAAUCAAGCUAUUUUGAUUUGCUUGGGUAAAUUCUGCACCAAUUCAGUUAAUGCUGGGAACAGAUGUGAUAAAUCUGUAAAAUCAAUCAGUUGGGUAAUCUGAUCCAUCUCUGUAUAAAAGUGACCAACCAAUAACAAGCAAAAAAGACAAACUUUGAAUGCUUUUGUAGCCAAAAUUCGAAUGCUUAAUUCUCAAGUCAGCCUCUGUGUGGCAGUAGUAACGAACUCAAGUGAGCUUGUGAAAAUUGCAAAAGGCACCACUAGGUGGCAGAAGAGUAGUUUUUACUCUUUUUAUUGCGUAUUAUUGAGUUUCUACUUUCAUGCAUUCUCUAGUGUUGUAAAUAUAUGUUGUUUCUUUUUUCUUUUUUUUGUUACUUGGUCAGAUAUAUUCUGACUUGGAUUUAUGUCUCAGAAUGUGCUUUUGCACUCCUGGAAAAAGAGGUUGUGAAUCAUCCAAAGUCUCAUGAAAUGUUUGUAUUUUCAGUCUUAAGAUGUAAUUUUCAGACAUCUUUUUCUGUAAUAAAUAUGUUUCUAAUAUUGUUAAAGCUCCUCUAA